CGCUGCCUGGUGAAGGGACGCUGCCCACCGGCUUUCACUGUGGGGCUGUCGCUGGCUGCGCUUCCGAGAGCGCUCCUGGGAGAGCCGGCCCGAGUCGCGCACCGGGGCACGGGGGUGCCAUGUCCUACUGACCCCCGGAAGUAUGUUUGGGCUGGAGCAGAUUGAGCCGCAGAUCAUCAGCAGAAGCGCCGGGCAAGGAGGGAGAAACUUUGGCCAGACCAGCCUGAGCAUGAGUUCCCACUUCAAAGCGCCAGCCUUCCACUCCGGCGGCCCCGCCGGCCCCGCGGACCCGGCCAUCAGCGCCCUGGGCGAGCCUCCCCUCCUGGGCAUGAACAUGAACCUGGCUGGGGAAGCAUACGGCUUCCAUGCCCGGGGACACUCGGAUCGCAGGGCAGGGGUGCAGGCUCACCCUGUUCAUGGCAUUUUCGGCAACCAGCAGCCUUACCACAAUCACCCCGACACCCAUCACCAGCAUCACCCCCACUUCAGCGGCAACUUUGGGUCAGAUCCCAGCACCUCCUGCUUGCAUGGAGGCCGGUCGAUGAGUUACAACAAUAACAUGGGUAGCCAGCAAGCGUUUGCCAAGGGAUAUGAACAUAUGGCCGAGAACCAAGGAGGUGAAGGUUUUGGACAGCAGAGAUCAGGUAACAUGCCCGAUUUCCAGCACCAUAACUCCGGCGGCUCCAACCACGCCGUGCCAGCGCCCUCCAUGGAUUCCCAGCCUCUAACAGGCUCCUGGGGGCGGCGAUUCCCAGCCUCUAGCUCCUCGGAUUCCCAUAGCCUGGAGCAGAGGAGGCUUCCCACCCAGGGAGGCGUCGAUUCUUUGGAAUACAAUUACCCCAGCGAUGGCCCUUCAGGACACUUUGAUCUGCCAGUGUUUUCUCCUUCCGAGUCAGACGGGCAGCUUCCUCACUAUGGGGCUGGCAGACAGGCUCCUGGGGGCGGCACUUUCCCUGGCACAUCUGUUUUGCCCAGAGCACCAGGCAUGGUGGGGAUGUCCAAAGUUCACCCGCAGCAGCAACAUGGUGUGUUCUUUGAAAGGUUUGGAGGUGCUCGUAAGAUGUCUGUGGGCAUGGAGCCUGGUGUUAAUGCCAGACAUCCUUUAAUGCAACAGCAGCAACAGACAGGUUUAUUGGCCAGACAAAACUCCUGUCUGCCAGCAACUCCUAGGCAACAGCAAACAGACGCCAAUACUCCCAACCCCAACUUGCAGGACAAUGGGCCAAUAAUGCAGAACCAGCAUGCACAGUUUGAAUACCCUAUUCACAGACUGGAGAAUAGGAAUAUGCAUCCAUACACCGACCCCGUGUUUAAUAUGCAGCCCCCUCCGCCACAACAGCCACCAAAUCAAAGACUGCAACACUUCGAUGCCCCUUACAUGAGCGUGGCCAAGCGGCCUCGGUUCGACUUCCCCAGUAACCCGGCCGUGGAGAGGUGCACGUCUUGGAAUAGCAGUCUGCACCCCGCGGGCAUGGACAGCCACCUCUCACCUUCCGCUUACCCCGGCCUGCCUGGGGAGUUCACGCCCCCAGGGCUCGAGAGCUUCACAGUGGGGCUCCAACUCCAGCACCCAGGCCUCGACCCACAGGCCCUGCAGCAGCAGCGCCAAAACGCAGCCCUGAUGAUCAAG